AUGACGUCCAGGGAUAAGUACGAACAGGCACAGGCCAUGGAGUUAUUACUUCAGCAGUGUAUCACAACAACACAAGAAAAUACAAUGUAUGUACGACCUUCAAGUGACGCAAGUGAUCGUGAUAGUGCAGCAGCAAAUGCGACAAUCAUGGACCUUUUGGCACAAACGUGCGCAGACGCUAACGCAGCGGUGCACGAGCUCAGCGUAGAGGAAAUAGCGGAUGGGUUGACAAGCGUUGUAUGUGCUACACAACAAGCUUUGCGUAAUGUUGGAAAGAAUGUUUGUGCGAUUUUACACGACUCGGAGCAAAUGCGUGAGCUUUGUUAUCAUGUAAAACAAAUGGAUGCCAAGGUGCUUGAGACGUUGGAGAAUUCCUCAGUGCUACUGGAAAAUGAGCAUCAGAGUGGCGAUGGUGAAAAUGAUGGUGCUGUGAUGGUGGCUAGAGGUACUAACGCAUCAGGGCUUACCGUUCAGUCCCAUGAGGAGAACGUGCGCAACAUAAUGGUAUUUGCCGAGAGUAUGUGCACGACGAUGGACCAUGCGCUGAGCACGAUUACAAAGGACGAGAUGAAUUUGGCAGCGCAGUUGAUUUUGAAUAUUGCACAGAAACUACUGGAUGCAGGACAUUCGCUUUUUACGUCGCUGGGCGAUGAUGAGCGCAGGAAAGCGCAAGCAACUGAUCGUACUGAUCGCAUUACGAUUGAAGAGCUAGAGGAAGAUGAACAGGAAAUUGACAGAUCGGAGAAGGACGGUCUAAAGAGAAGCAAAAAUAGCAGUCAGUUGCAACGUGCAGCCAUACUGCGGACGUACGUGAUGGAUCUGUAUAAACGGACGCGAGAAGAAGCGACGGAGCAUCCGUUCCUGGCAGGAGCGUCCAUUGCAGCUGGAAUGCCGUUUAUCGGUUUGGCGAUUCCUGUGGCGAGUUUAGUUGCACUGGCACUUAUGAUUGAGAAUUAUUACCCCGAGCACGCAAAGCUGGUGCUGGAGCUCUGUUCUCAUUUUAUCCAGAUGUCCAAGCUGUGGUUUCUUUUGCUGAAGAUUAGUGCACGACAGGUUAGCGUUGUGGCGAAAGAAUGCUUUACCUCUUGGUACGAGUAUGCGUCCAUGAAUGGUUUUAUGGCAACAGGUCUGGAGUUGGCAUCGACGGGAUGUAGUCUCGGAUACUUUGGUGUUUCCUAUCUCUAUCAGAUGAUUAGUCGUUAUACGAAGCAAGCACUUGAGUAA